AUGUACAAAGUACUGCGAUCCUAUUCGAAGAAAGCCGAACGUAAGCAAGAGGUUUCACGUGCCUCUGAUAGAAACGGCCAUAUUGUGUCUGGAGGCAACUAUUACGAGGAUGGACAACAUUUCAAAGGCCAAAAUGGACAUGCUGCCAAUGGACAACUGCUUGCUGUAGACAACAGACAUUUGAGCAAUGCCUAUGCUGGACAGGCUUUUUCGGAGAGCAGUUCCUACGAAACCCGAGAGCAUUUCGAGCGAAAGGUUCAGCGUGUGAAGAAGACCCGUGGAGAACGUGAACGUUCACGAAGUUCUCGUCGAGGCGAAGAGGUUAGCGACAGUUCGGUAUCAAACCGCGAACGAUUGGAGAAUGCUUUCGCAGCAGCAGAAAGGGAAUUUGGUGUGGAUCGACUGCUGGAUGCUCAAGAUGUCGACACGGACCACCCCGAUGAAAAGUCGAUCAUCACCUAUGUCUCAUCGCUCUACAACGCUCUACCACACCUACCUGAACUAUCCAAGUUCAUGUCAAUGCAAGAUCAGUACAUAGUGGAAGCACGUGCAUGGAUGGAACUGGUCGAAAGAGCGACUAUGCUGAUAGAGAAUGAUGCACUCUUCGAGUCUAUUAGCGAAUUUGAGAGAUAUCACGACGAUUAUAUGUCGAGUCGUGCUAAGGAAUAUGAUUAUUUGAUGGAAAGGCAUGAAUUUCUUCGACGUCAUCUGUUUGGCACUGAUCACUUUUGUGUUCCCAGCAGUCUCACAGGGCACGCAUUAAGAGAUGCUUGGUCAAAUCUCACAUACCUGAAUGAUCGCAAACAUGCUUACCUUCAACAAAAGAUCAUUCAGAGCAAUUUGUCCGACUUGAUUAGCAGAUUGUCUCGUGGAAUUGGAAUCACCAACGAAAAACUUGAUCUGAUUCUUUCUCCAGUGUAUGGGCUUCAUCAACGUCGCACUGCCUAUUUGGAUCGUCUCACGAAUCAGUUACUGGUUCGUCUGGGUGUACGCACUGAGACGUUGAGAAAAGAGAAUGCUAGCCGUCUCGAAUCAAUUCGCACCGCCAGUUUCAAUCGUGUACAGGAGUGUAUCGAAUGGGUUCGCGUGAGACUGGAAAAACUAUCCGAAAUGGAGUUCCUUGAAGAUCUGGAAACAUUGGAGGAAAUGUUCGAACAGCAUAAGUUAGACAACAGGGACAUUCAGGACUUCCGUCAAAACGUUGACGAAUGCAUCGCCCGUCAGGCGGAAGUUUCUGCGGAAGACACGUAUGAGUAUUGCGAGCUCCUUCGGGUACUGGAAUCCGAAUACCAACAGCUGAGGGAUUUAUCAGCUGGAAGAAUGCUCGAUCUGGAUUCGCUGAUCGCCUUCGUGCGAGCUGCCCAGAUGGAGCUUGUCUGGGUAUCGGAACGUGAGGAGAUCGAAGUCACCCGCAACUGGUCAGACAUAAAGCAGCUAGACCUACCGAUGCUCACAAAUUACUACAAACAGCUACUUCAUGAGAUGGAAUUGCGUGAGAAGCAGUACAACGACGUGCACAAUCAAGGAGCCGCUUUGUUGAAUCAGGGCCAUCCUGCGGUUCAUGUCAUCGAAGUCUAUCUAAGGACUAUGCAAAAUCAGUGGGAUUGGUUGCUGGCGCUUAGCAAGUGCCUAGAAGAACAUCUUCGUGAUGCACUCAAUCUGAAAUCGUUCACUGAAGAAGCGGCCGAUGCAGAGGCGUGGAUGGAAGAGCAGGCAAUCCGCCUUGAGAACAGCUACAAUCGCACAGAUUUUGAUCUUGAAGAAGGAGAACGUCUCCUACGAGAACUCGAUGAAAUGAAGGAAAUUCUCAACAAAUAUCAUUCGGUAUUGAUGGCUCUGACUGAGCGUUGCGCUACGAUUUCUCCACUUUGGCAGAGAGGCGAGCGCAUUACUCGCCCGAUUACUGUCACGGCACUCUGUGAUUACUCCGACAAAAACGUUCACAUCAAAGCUGGAGACGAAGUGACCUUGCUAGACAAUUCGGAUCUGAUCAAAUGGCACAUUCGCGACCUCGCCGGAUCGGAUGGUACUGUACCAUCUGUAGUAUUCCGUAUCCCUCCACCAGAUCCUAAGCUGACAGCUUACCUGAACCGUCUCCUGCAGCAAUUCGAAAAGCUGAAGAAGUUGUGGGAGAAAAAACAUCGUAUGGUUCGCUUCAACAUGGUGCUCAACACCAUGAAAACUAUUCAAGGUUGGGAUCUCGACACAUUCAAUGCCAUAGACCCUGAACAACGAGACGCAAUUAUGCGUGCACUGAAUGACGACGCUAACAAGUUACUGGCCGAGAUGGAUCCAAACGAUCCGCUUGGCCUUACGUCUGAAGGAAGAACUAAGACGUACAAACGAACACUUCUGGGAUUUGCUGAAUGCUAG